AUGCCUUCUAUCAAUAACACCCAGUGGCAUCCUCCCAUCUUUCUUUUGCUGGGAAUACCAGGCCUGGAAAAUGUACAUAUCUGGAUUGCUUUCCCAUUCUCUAUUGUGUACCUGAUCGCCCUUGUGGGGAACAUCACUAUCCUUUUUGUGAUCAAGACUGAACAUAGCCUCCACCAGCCCAUGUUCUACUUCUUGGCCAUGUUGUCUAUGAUUGACCUGGGUCUGUCCACAUCUACUAUCCCCAAAAUGCUGGGGAUAUUCUGGUUCAAUCUCCAGGAGAUCAGCUUUGGGGGAUGUCUUACUCAGAUGUUCUUUAUCCACAUGUUUACAGGCAUGGAGACAGUUCUCCUGGUGGUCAUGGCCUAUGACCGUUUUGUUGCCAUAUGCAACCCUCUCCAGUACAUGAUGAUCCUCACCAAUAAAACUAUCACCAUUCUAGGCUCUGUUGUUGUUGGGAGGAAUUUAGUUCUUGUGACCCCGUUUGUGUUUCUCAUUCUGCGGUUGCCCUUCUGUGGCCAUCACAUCAUCCCUCACACAUACUGUGAGCACAUGGGUCUUGCUCGAUUGGCCUGUGCUUCCAUCAAGGUCAACAUCAUCUAUGGGCUCAUGGUUAUUUCUAAUAUUAUUGUGGAUGUGAUCCUGAUUACUUCAUCUUAUGUGCUCAUUCUCCGGGCUGUUUUUCGCCUUCCAUCUCAGGAUGCCAGACUAAAGGCUUUCAAUACAUGUGGUUCCCAUGUUUGUGUCAUGCUUUGCUUCUAUACACCAGCAUUUUUUUCUUUCAUGACUCAUCGCUUUGGCCAGAAUAUUCCCCGCUACAUCCACAUUCUUUUGGCUAAUCUAUAUGUGGUUGUUCCACCUGCUCUUAACCCAAUCAUCUAUGGAGUCAGGACCAAGCAGAUAUGGGAACAGGUUGUAAAGAUAUUUGUACAGAAAGAAUGA